AUGUUGUUUAAAAAGCGUAAUCUUAUUACAAUUACUGUUCCAAAGAUUUUUUUAUCUUCUUAUUUAAUUUUUAGACAAUCUGAUUUUCUUUCAUAUUCUUUUUGUUAUAAUUUUAAUCAUUUAACUGAUUAUCGAAAUUUUUUUCAUAAAAUCAAUUCCAACAAUUCUUAUUCUAAUUCUUCCAAUUCUUAUUCUAUUAACACGAGUUUACAGUCCAGUCAAUCCAAUUCCUAUUCCACUAAUACCAACUCACAAUCCAAUCACACCAACACAAAUUCCAAUCACACUAAUACUAAUACUAAUUUUGAAAAAAAUUCAUUUAGAAUAAAAAAUAUGAUACAUUAUGAUUUAAUAGUUUUGGGUGGUGGUCCAGCUGGUAUGGCAGCAGCAAAAGAAGCAUCACGUUUAGGUAAAAGAACAGUAUUAUUUGAUUAUGUAACACCAUCUGCAAGAGGUACAAGUUGGGGUGUUGGUGGUACAUGUGUUAAUGUCGGUUGUAUACCUAAAAAAUUAAUGCAUUAUGCAAGUUUAUUAAGAAGUUCUAAUUAUGAUAAAUUUCAAUAUGGUCUAACUAAUACACAGGAAUUAACACCAAUCAAUUGGAAUAAAUUAAUACAAACAAUACAGAAUUAUAUAAAGAUGUUGAAUUUUUCAUAUCGUUCGAGUUUAUUAACUUCUGGUGUUGAUUAUAUUAAUGCAUUUGGUAUUUUAAAACAUAAUAAAAUUAUUGAAUAUAAUCUUAAUAAUGAAAUUAAGUAUGUGAGUGGUGAUAAAAUAAUAAUAGCAAUUGGUGAAAGACCAUAUAUACCAUCAGAUGUUGAAGGUGCUAAUGAAUAUGCUAUUACUUCUGAUGAUUUAUUUCAAUUAAAUACUAAUCCAGGCAAAACAUUAAUUGUUGGUGCAAGUUAUGUAGCAUUAGAAUGUGCUGGUUUUCUAACAGGUUUAGGUUAUAAUGUUGAUGUAUCAGUUCGAAGUAUAUUAUUAAGAGGAUUUGAUAGACAAUGUGUAAAGAAAGUUGAAGAACUUAUGGAAGCUUCUGGUGUUUUAUUUCUAUAUCAUAAACUUCCAAUCAAAAUUGAAAAACAUAAUCAACAACUUAAAGUUACAUUUAAUGAUCAAAGUGUAAAUUAUUAUGAUACUGUAUUAUAUGCCAUUGGACGUAUACCAUCACAAUAUACACAACAUUUGAAAGAAGUUGGAAUAGAAUUUGAUGGGAAUGGAAAUAUAUUAGUAACGAAUGAAGAGACAAAUAUAAAAGAUAUUUAUGCUGUUGGUGACAUAGUAUCAAAAGUACCAAAAUUAGCACCAGUCGCUAUCAAAUCUUCCGAAUUAUUAAUUCAACGUUUAUAUUCCAAUAAUAAUACACAAAUGAAUUAUGAAAAUGUACCGAAAUGUGUUUAUACACCAUUUGAAUAUUCUUCAUGUGGAUUAACAGAAGAAGAAGCCAUAGAAAAAUAUGGAGAAGACAAUUUGGAAAUAUAUUUAAAGGAAUAUAAUAAUUUGGAAAUUUCACCUGUACAUCGAAUUAAUAAAAAAACUAAUGAUGAAUUUGAUUAUCCAAUGACAUGUUUAAGUAAAGUAAUAUGUUUAAAAGAUGGAAAGAUAAUUGGAAUGCAUUUUGUAGGACCAAAUGCAGGUGAAAUAAUGCAAGGAUUUUCAGUAUUACUUACACUAAACGCAAAGAAAAGUGAUUUGGAUAAAACAGUAGGAAUUCAUCCAACUGAUGCUGAAAGCUUUGUUAACUUAACCGUUACUAAAUCUAGUGGAAAAUCAUGGAUUGCUACUGGUGGAUGUGCAGGUGGUAAAUGUGGUUAA